AUGGAAUUAAGCUCGCAGUCUAAGGUAUUCGCAUAUCUCAGAGAAAAAAAGUCAGCUGCACCCUCAGAAAUUGCAGACGUUUGGCGACUGCUCGAGGAGCUUUACGAUAAGAAGUUGUAUCACCAAUUGACAGUUCAUUUAAAAAAAUCGAUUUAUUCGGAAGCUUUUACAAAAGGCUUGAACCUGAAAGAAUUUCACCAGAACUUCAUCAGCGAAUUUGCUCAUCGAAUCAGCCCAUUACAGUAUGUGGAGAUUGUCAUACCAGUAGCCAAAUAUAUUUUUAAUAAAAUCGAUAGGAAUGAAGGAUUUGAGUUUUUGAGUGGAAUUGCAAGGUCAGUUGAAAGGGAUAAAGCUGCGAUGGUUCGUCUCAAAAGUGGCGAGAUAGAGUUACGUUUAAUGAAUAGUGAUGCCCAUGACCGAUGCUUGAGUAUUCAUGAAAUAAGGGAGAUGAUAGAAGACACGCAGGUGCUCUUGGAUGACCUCCCAGGAGUUACUCCAGUUCACGCUCCAUUUUACAAGGUUUCCUCAAUUUACUUAAAAGAAAUUGGUGACCAUGCCGGUUAUUAUCGUGAAGCGUUACGUUAUCUUGGCUGCGAGGACUCGAAGCUUUUAUCUAACGAGGAAAAGAAGAUGCAAGCUUUGCUUUUAGGUUUUGCAGCUCUUCUUGGGGAAGAUAUAUAUAAUUUUGGUGAACUGCUUGCUCAUCCGAUCUUGAAGGCUUUAGAAAAUACACCCGAGAAAUGGGUCGUCGAUGUUUUAUAUGCGUUUAAUUCAGGAGAUUUGAACAAAUUUAAACAGUAUGAUGAGCAAAUGUCAGGGUGGGAUGACAUUAGGCAGCAUAAAGACUUCCUAAUUGCAAAAAUUCAGUUACUUUCUUUGAUGGAAAUUGCGCUUGGGCGACCGACUAAAGAAAGAUAUAUUCCUUUUGAAGAAAUUGCCGCGAAAGCACAAAUUGACCUCAAAAAGGUCGAAUUUUUAGUGAUGAAAGCUUUAAGCAAGGGGUUAGUCAAGGGUUCUAUUGACCAGGUUAAUCAGCUGGUGAAUAUUUCAUGGGUCCAACCACGAGUACUUUCGCCGGAGCAGAUCUUUUCAAUGAGUGAGCGUAUAGGAACAUGGUGUGCAGAAGUCGAAACUAUGGAAAACAUUGUUUUAGAAAAUGCUCGAGAAAUUCUUACCAAGUCAUGA